UGUGUGUGUGUGUGUGUGUGUGUGUGUGUGUAUACAAUCUCAGGUGUAAAUUGCACCUGCAGAAGACAUCAGCCUAAAGGAGGAGGAGACUGUGUUCAGUGGAGGUGUGAUAUGAACAGGAUAUGAGACUGAGGUUCUGCAGCAAGGAUGGAUGGACGUCAGAAUUCCACAGAGCUAAAAAAAAAAUCGUUCCAACCUGAAGAAACAGUGUAUGUGCCUGCAACUACACCUGACUCUGUACAUGUCACUGUCAACAUCGACCCCGUGUACGACCCCGUCUACGAUCCCAUGUACGACCCCGUGUACGAACCCGUGUACGAGCCUGUGUACGACACUGUGGUCAACCCCAUGUACGACCCUGUCUACGACACUGUGUAUGACCCCAUCAACAACCCCGUGUACAACCACAUCUACGACACCGUGUAUGACCCCGUGUACUACCCAGAGUACUACCCUGUGUACUACCCUGUGUACAAGCCUGUGGACUGUGAAGAGUACUACCACGUCCUGCCACCCGACGUCUACCCCAAACCUCCAAUUGUGGAGAUUGUUGAAGAAGAACAACUGGAGCCUGUGUCUCCACCUGAGACUCUGUCGCUUGUAUUUCUGUCUGAAUCUGUGUCUCAACCCGCUCCUGCAUGUCCAACUGAACCUGUGUCUCCCGCAAUGUCGGUGUCUCCACUGGAGACUUUGCCUCACCUGGAGACUGAACUUCCACCUGAGACCAUGUCUCAACCUGACCAUUUGUCUCCACCUGAGACUUUGUCUCAAACUGAGCCUGUGUCUCCACCUGAGACCAUGUCUCAACCCGACCAUUUGUCUCCACCCAACCAUUUGUCUCCACCUGAGACUUUGUCUCAACCCGAGCCUGUGUCUUCUCCUGAGGGUUUGCCUCAAAUGAAGUCUGUGUCUCCUCCUGAGACUUUGUCGCCACCCAACCCUGUGGAUCUGUCUGGGACUUUGUCUCCACCUGAGCCUGAACCUCAACUGGUCUCAGAUCUGCCUCCUGUACGGACAGAUAACGCUGCUUCCAUUGACUCUUCACCGUUUCCUCCAAAACUGACAUGGGGAGAAAUUAUGGACUCACUGGUUGCUGAGCUGGAGGAGGCAGAGAAGCUUAAGGAGCAGGAGGUCAGCAAGGAGAAGGAGAGUCUUAAACCGGUCGAGAAAAAGAGGGGGAAAGUUAUUAAGAAGAAGGACAAGAUUGAAGAGGUCAUAGAAAUGAAAGAAAAAGCUGCGGACUUGGCUAAAAAGAAAAAGAUAGAGCAGAGGCAGGAGGCAGAACAGAAGACUUCCUACAGCACACCAAACCCAAAGGGAGUUGAGCUGUUCAUUAGGGGUUUGGACUCUAAUGUUGACGAGUAUCCCCUCUACAAGGAGUUCCUCAAGUUCGGGAAUAUCAGCAGAGCAAAGUUUUUGAUGUUAAAAGGAUAUGGAUUCAUCACAUAUUCCUCUAAAGAUGAAGCCUACACAGCUAUCAGGGAGAUGAAUGGGAAGAUUGUGGGAAGGAAGCAGCUGAUUAUUACUCUGUCUAAAACAAAAAAGGAACUAGCAGAGCAGAGGAUCAGGACUGGCUGGACAAGAAGGACGAGUUAAAGCGAUGACUCAAAGAGGGUCUGAUCAUGGCUUUA